AUGGGUUGCGCGGGGUCCAAGGAAGAGGCUCCCGUGCAGGGCCACGGCGGCGGGCAGGCUGCGUCGAAGGCGGCCGCAAAGGCGCCGGUGCUGCCCAAGGCGCCUCCCGGCGACAACUGGCGGGACGUUCCGGUGCCAGGCAUCGAGGUAGCCUUCUCGGACGUGGCCUCGAUGCCGACGUGGUCGAAGGGCGGCAACGCGAACAGCAUGUACGGCCUGCUCGCUGACGGCCCCGACGAAGACAGCGACGGCGCGAAGACCAAGGACAUCAAACUCCAGACCGCGCAGGGGCGCCCGAAGACCUUCACUGAGGAAUCAGCGCACGCGGCGCACUCGAGGCUAUGUGUGGUGCAAGGAACGGCAAUGACCAUCCCGUACAAGAUCAUGGUGGUCCUCGACGGCGCGAACGACCCGCAGCAGUCCAAGAACGUCGAGGACAUCGUGCAGGGGGCGUUCGACAAGAUCAACGACCACUGCAACAACUGGAACCCCGACUCGGAGCUGGAGAGGAAGAUCAACAAGCAGGGGGGGGUGUCGAAGCCGGUGGCCGUCUCCCCGCUCCUGGGGCGCCUCCUCGCGGUCGCGGAGCAGUGCGUGGCCCUCACGAACGGCCGCUUCGACCCCACGAUCCUCCCCGUCGCGCGCACGUGGCGCCGCGCGCUCUCCGAGGCCGGCCAGCCCCCGACCCCCGCCGAGGUCAGCCACCUCAAGUUCGCCGUCGGGUGGCAGAAGAACGUCCAGCUCAGCGCCGACCGCUCCUCCGUCGCCCUCCGCAACGCCAACACGCGCCUGGACUUUUGCGGGAUCGCCAAGGGCCUGGCGAUCGACCUCAUCUGCGAGGACCUGCAGCGCGCGGGGUUCAACGACGUGCUCGUCGAGUGGGGCGGCGACCUCCGCGGCGUCGGCCAGCACCCCGACGGCCGCCCCUGGCGCACCACGCUCGUCAAGCCCCCCCCGCUCAAGCCCCUCUUCAAGCUGUGGAGCGAGAAGCGCCUGCGCGACGCCGUCGCGCCGGAGGACGCCACGCUCUUCGCGAAGGUCGAGAGCUGCGCGGUGGCCACCUCGGGCGACUACUUCCAGCUCCACAAGUUCGGGUUCCACCACAUUUACCACCCCGCGCAGCGCACGCCGAUGAAGCUGAGCGACGUGGGCGUGGCGUCGGCGUCGGUGGUCGCCAAGUCGUGCGCGGUCGCGGACGCGAUUGCGACGGCCGUGAUGGUGUCCGGGAACGUCGACCACGCGCAGCGGCUGCUCAACUACCUGGUGCGCGAGGGCGAGGUGCUGGGGUACGCGGUGCUGACGCGGCAGGGCGACCCGGUGGUGCACGGCGACAUGUUCACGUACGUGGGCUCGCGCCCGGUGUCCCGCGCGGAAAGCCGCCAGCAGACGGCGCGCGGGACCCAGAAGCAGAACCCCCUGCAGGAGAGGCUGCUGUGGGCCAAGCUGGAGAGGGCCACGGAGGGCCUGCCGAGGGCGUACAAGGUCAAGCUGACCCGCGCGGACGGCAAGGGCAGCGUCGGCAUCCGCACGUUCGACAUGUGUUCCGCGGCGCCGACCAUGUGCUCGGCCGUCGUGAAGCAAGGCUCGAAACUCGGCAAGGUUAGCGUUGGCGACGAAAUCGAGGUCACCAUCCCCGGGACCGACGUGAAGGUGAUGUGCAGCGUGCACACCAUCACGCCCGGCUGCUGCGACGAGAACGACGUCCUCAUCAUGUCGGUCGAGGCCGUGGAGGGCAACGUGUGCACCGGCAGCGACGUGCGCUCCCGCAUGAAGGCCCUGAUGGCCGCGUUGCCGAUGCCCGUCUUCCUGCUGACGUACAUGGGCCUGGACCGCAGCAUGCACGCCAUCACGGCGUCGUCCGUGCGGCUGGCCGAGCCCGGCUGCGUCCUGUUCAACGUCCUGAAGGGCAGCAAGGCCUACCUCAGCAUGGAGGGCCUCGAGGGGAGCACCGUCGCGAUGCACCUGCUGCACGAGGGCAUGGAGGCAAUGGCGACGCAGUUCGUCGGCAACACGGACUUCAACUUGGAGGACUUCGAGGGACGUUACGGCAAGCACGUGGAGGUGACGGAGGGCGGUGCGGUGCUGUUCGAGUCGGGCGUGACGGUGGUGUGCAAGGUGGCCAAGGUGAUCGACGCGGGCGACCACGCCGUGGUGAUGGCGGGGAUCGACGACGUGACGCAGGGACACAUCGUGAUGCAGCCGGAGAACAUGCUACUAUACUGCCAGCGCGCGUUCUGCCGCCUCAAGGACCUGCCGCAGGACGUGCCGGUCGAGGGCACGCAGUGA